UUAUUGACAUUUGGUCAAUAUGGCGGCAGCGGUAACCGACUUUGAGCCGUGGUUAAAUGAUAAAUUAAAAUCAUUAAAAACCGAUGAAGGUGUGUUUGGAUCUUAUAUAUCAGGAAUUUUGGAAGGUGAAGAUACCAUUGACGAAAAAAGAGAUGCUUUAGAGGGUCUUCUGUCUGAAAUUGUGGAGCAUGAUAUAUCAAUCCAUGUCACUGAAAUAUUAGAAAAAUGGGAAUCAAGUCGCCCUUUGGAAGAAGCUCCCAAACCAGCGACAGAUGUAGACAUUCAGUUAACAAAGAUGUUGGAAUCUCAGUCCCUCGCCACUACCACGCGACGAGAAUACACAGAUGAAGAGAAAAAGAUCCGGGAAGCCAUAUUAUCUCAGUAUAGCCAGCUAUCAGAUAAUGAGGCUGAUGUAGAAAAUGUGGAAGAAACUGAGAGUCCUGACCUAGUUAAGAACACCAAUGCUUUGGAUGUAGCAGCUGCUGCCAGGGAGCGCCGGGAACAAGCCCGGCUUGAUGCACAGCGUAAAAAAGAAAAGGAUAAAGAGGAUAGAGAAAAGCAAAAACAACUAAAGGAAGAAAAGAAGGAAAAACGCAAAACACAAAAGGGAGAGAGGAAGAGGUAGCAACUUCUUAGUCUACAGGGUGUUGUUAGGGUGCUCCAAAUUACAUAAUAAUAGAAAAAGCUACUAGAUAUUGAAAUGUUUUGGAAUUAUCAUUUAGCUGCCAUCAUGAAUCUGUCAAAGUAUUUGUAACUAAAUUAUUAUUUGUCUAACCAACAAGCACUCAACAAAUAGUGUUGUAUGUUAACAGUAGUAUCUCCUACAUGUUCACUGUAUUUUACAACAAUAUAAUUCCAAGACAUUUUACUCUUGUAUAAAGAUUGAUUUGUAUUGCAUAGUCUUACCAAAUUGCAUUUAUAAACGCUCUCGAGAAUGUCUGUAAAAAGUUGAUUAAUGAUUAUGAUUAACAUCUACUGACAUUGAAAAACCGGCCAAGUGCGAGUCGGACUCGCGCAUGAAGGGUUCCGUACCAUUACGAAAAAAAAAACAGCAAAAAAAAUCAUUUUUGUUGUAUGGGAGCCCCAUUUAAAUAUUUAUAUUAGUAAUAGUAAUAGCCUUUAUUUCAUGCUUCUUUUUUACAAUUACAUAAAAUUUCAUAUUGGUUUAUUAUUUGCAUGUCGCUUGUGCGGAAAAGGCCUAUUUAUAUUAUUCUGGUUUUAGUAUUUGUUGUUAUAGCGGCAACAGAAAUACAUCAUCUGUGAAAAUUUCAACUGUCUAGCUAUCACGGUUCAUGCGAUACAGCCUGGUGACAGACAGACGGACAGCGGAGUCUUAGUAAUAGGGUCCCGUUUUUACCCUUUGGGUACGGAACCCUAAAAAUGCAUCAACUUACAUGCAAAGAUUAUCAUUUCAGUAAAUGAUUUAUUUUCUGUCAAGAGUUUGUAUUAAGCCAUUCAUUUUAUGUUAAUUGUAUUAAGAGACCUAUUAAUCUAAAUGCUUCAUAAUUAUGUUGAUAGGUUAACCAGUUCUUUUGUAACUUACAGUAUUUUGCCUUUGUAUUGAAAUAGUGAAAAAUAAUAAAAUAUAUGGAUUGUAGUGCUUUCACUAUUCUUAAUAGUUGUUAUUUAUUAUAUAUAUACAAUAAUGAAACAUGUGUAAUAUUUUGUAAUAAAAAUUGCAUUUUGUAGAUAA